AUGGAUGAAAUUAAACUAACUGAUGAUGUAUUUGAACAAAUAAAAGAGUUCAAUCGUUAUGAUUUGACUGAAAAACAAAAAUCGUUAAUUGAUAAACUAAUAACAAAUGAAGAAUUAAAAGAACGUUAUAAAAAAAAUGGUUUAUGUAAAAAUUGUAAGCAGCCUAAAACUACUUAUAGUUAUUGUCAGUCAUGUAAAUCACAAUAUUUUAAACAAAAUUUCAAAAAUUGGACAAGUGGAAAUCAUGACGUUGAUGAAUUUAUUCAAAAAGUACAAUUAAAUGCUAAAAAUGAAAACCAAAUCAUAGAGUGGAUUGAAUAUGAUAAAUUUGAAGAUGUUGAAUAUUUAGCAAAAGGGGGAUUUGGAACUACCUUUAAAGCAGUUUGGAAAGAUGGUCCUUGGAAAAUUAAUUAUGACAAUAAUCAAAUGGAAAGAAAAGGUGAAACAAAAGUCGCUUUAAAGUGCUUACAUAAUUCACAAGAUAUUACAGCAGAUUUUUUAAAAGAAGUUGAAUCAAAUAUUUUAGCUUGUGAAUCAUAUGAUAGUCAUUUUGUAGUACGUUGUUUUGGUAUUACCAAAGAUCCAAAAACAAAUAAUUUUAUGAUGGUUAUGGAUUUAAAAGAGGGUAACUUAAGACAACAUUUAAAUAACAACUUUAUUUCACUGGAUUGGAAGCGAAAGUUGUGGAGUUUAUAUAGUAUUGCAUAUGGUCUUAAAGAUAUUCAUAAAAAAGGAUUAAUUCAUCAUGAUUUCCAUUGUGGAAAUAUAUUAAGCGAUUUUGUUGAAUUUGCUUUUAUUACUGAUUUGGGAUUAUGUCAACCGGCAAAUGUCAAACCCUCUCAAAAUAGCAAUAAAAAAAUAUAUGGAGUAUUACCUUAUGUAGCUCCAGAAGUUUUAAGAGGAAACGAAUACUCAAAAAAUUUCCCUCCUUAUUAUGAUAUAGCUCAUGAUGAAUUCUUAGCAAUGAAAAUUUGUAAUGGGUUGAGGCCAAAGUCUAAUUAUAAAAUACCUCAAUUAAUUCUUGACAUUAUUAAUCAAUGUUGGGAUGCAAACCCUUUAAAACGACCUAACGCAGAUGAAUUAGAAAGGUUAUUUACUGAGUUGUGGGAUAAUUGCGAUAUAAGUUCUAAAUCUUUAAUCAGUGAGCAAGCUAAAGAAGCAGAUGAAAUUAACAAAAAGUUAUCAACAGUUCAGUUACCAUUAUCAUCUACUAGUACACUCUCAUAUAUAACACAUCCUCAAGCAGUUUACACAAGUAGACUUUUAGAUUUUAAAAAUCUUCCAGAACCAAUAAAUUCUAACAAUGAUGAUUUAGAAUAUUCAGAUUCCCUAAGAAUGAAUUUUACUAAACUUGAUAUUAAUUCUAAAGAUGAAAGUAGUUAA